UUCAAAAUAUCGAAGAGAAUUAUUUAAACUCCCAAUAUAAGCGUUCAACCAGGCAAGGUAUAGAUUCGCAUUAAGACUGCCUUUGUAACGGUUUAAUUGUAAACAAUAAACGUGAGAAUAUAAAUAAACACUUCUUUUGAUUUCCAUUUGUGCGCUCAUACAUAAUUAUUCCUCAUCGAUCGAAUACGAAUAAUCGAUAACAAAUAUUUAUUCGAAAGAAAUAUACAAAUGUUAGUGAGUUGACGCACCGCAAAACAAAGGUAACGUAAUGGAAGAGAUGCAUCCACAGCACUGGUCUUAUGAUUUACUCAAAGCGAUUGCAACAAGUGAUCCGCUAACUCCAGAUUUCAUCAGCGAAAUAAAAUCUAUGUUUGUAAAUGACAUAGGUUCACCACGUCGCCAUGAAUGUAUACGCACUAUAGGCGAUUUAAUAGACUGUCUUGAACGCCGCGAUGUCAUUUCGGAGACAAACGUUGAGCCUCUGCGGCUUUUAGGCAAUAAGCAACUCGACGAGGCGAUAGAAGCGUAUAUACCUCCACGUAAUGCCUCUGCGGAAGGUAUUAAUCACUAUCAUGACAUACAUAUCGCAAAUGAAAUGGCGCACAAACUUUCUAUGAACGGUCACAUCGCACCGACGAAGAACGCCAAUAUUUACUGUGAUAAUACUAGUCGAUCGACUUCUGUUGAAACAGCAGGCUCCACCAAUUCUACCGUCAGCAGUUCAAAUAGCAAUCAUUCGAACAAUUAUCCAUUUGCUUUAUCGGAGCAAAAGCGCACCGCUAUUUAUAGGAUGCUUUCACAACAUUUGGGCACCCAUUGGCGAACAUUCGGACGUGAAUUGGGAAUACGUGAAGGCAAAAUGGACGAAAUCGAAUUGCAAUCCCCGCGCGAACUUAGUGCACGAGUUUAUAAAGUGUUGCAAAUACUCGAAGAGGAUGAUUGUCACGAUCCUAAAAUGCAUUUACGUAUUAUAAAAGAGGCGUUGGAACGUGCACGUCGCAAAGAUCUUCGACGCAAGGUUGAUGAUAUUAUGUCGCAUUGAGACGAGUGAUAUUUAUAGUGCCAAUUAUAAGUUGUUGACGACAUUGAUAGCAAAUCAAAAAUCUGCUGUUGUGGAAGUUUAUUCAUUAAAAGGAAUAAGUUUUAAGAAUUUCGUUUGAAUGUACUAAAUGGCGUUAUAAUAGUCAGAGACGACGACAACAAUGUAAAUAUAAACUAUUGCGCUCUGAAAUGCGGUUGCAAAGCUAAAAUAUGGGACUUGUUCGAGGCACAUAAUAAAAGCGGCAGUAAUGCAGCACUUAGAAACGUUCGCAAGCCUCUUGCAAAUGCUAAACUGAUAGCAUGCAGAUGUUCGGCACAUACAUAUGUACAUAAUUUGGUGCAAUAUGUGAAAGUGGAUAAGUAAAUAAAAGUAGGGCAGUAUUGUGUCGAUUUAAAAGUUGUUGGAAUUUCACAUCGAGCGUGAAGCUUUCAAAAAUCUUCUAAACAGCGGUUGUGAUUGCAACUAGAACAAGCCCGUGUAUUUUCAGGGCAUUUAAUUAAAUUUUAAGUACUUUCCAAAUAUGUAUCAUAGACAUAAAGGCUUCUCCCACCGAAUGUGCCCUUUAAAUUUAAGUAUUGGCUCUACGCAUAAUACCAAUAA